AUGGAAUCAAAGAUUACGAGUGCUUCUGCUUCAAAAGAUCCUUCCUUUUGCUCGAAAUGGCCAUGGGAUUCAAACAAAACCUCCAAAUCUUCAAGCGGAUGCGACUUUCAAGUCCCGUGGUUGUUCAGAUCUAUGCAAAGUGUUGGCUCAAUUGCUCUCACUUCCUUGACUUCAUCACUCAGGUUUGGUCAUGGAGGAGUGGUGACUGGACCAAAGAAGAAACCUUUAAGUAGUUAUGAGCAAGGAGAAGCAGAGCAAAGAGCUUUUGCAGCUGCUUUAGCUAGCGAGAAAGAUGCUACAGUACUUGAGUUUUACUCACCUAAAUGCAGACUCUGCAAUUCGUUGCUUAACUUUGUUUUAGAGGUUGAGAAAAGGAACUCGAAUUGGCUUAGUAUUACAAUGGCAGAUGCAGAGAAUGAGAAAUGGUUCCCUGAGCUUCUUCACUAUGACAUAAAGUAUGUUCCUUGCUUUGUUUUGCUGGACAAAAAUGGACAAGCUUUGGCUAAGACUGGUGUUCCAAGUAGUCGUGCUCAUGUCAUUGCAGGUAUUUCUCAUCUUCUCAAGAUGAAACGACCACCCACCUUCUGA